AUCAUCCACUCCCUAGGCAUUCUACUUCUUCUGGAAGUUGAAUUUACCUGGAUAACCGAGUCCAGACUAUAACUCGUUUCCUACUGUCAGACACGACAGUCAAUCUACUCACCAAUGUCGCAACCAUUCAGUACCCUGCCGGCUACGGCCAGAAUUCCACCCAAGCCCUUCACGGUCGCUAUCCCGAAGGAGAAAUUGGCUGAUAUGGAGACCCUGAUCAGGCUGUCGAAGCUUGCGCCGGACACUUAUGAGAACUCACAAUCCGACAUGCGAUAUGGUGUGACUACGAGUUGGCUGGUCUCUAUGAGAGAUCAGUGGCUUAAAUCAUACAACUGGAAAACCACGGAAGACCGAAUCAACAGCUUUCCUCAGUGGACGGCUGAGGUGGAAAGACUGAAUAUUCAUUUCGUGGGCCUCUUCUCUGAGAAGCCAGAUGCCAUCCCGAUUCUUUUGAUUCAUGGCUGGCCGGGAAGCUUCCUGGAGUUCCUUCCUAUACUUGACAUGUUUCGACAGGAAUACACACCAAGCACCCUGCCUUAUCACUUGAUUGUGCCUUCCUUGCCGGGCUAUACAUUCUCCUCGGGCCCUCCAUUGGAUCGCAACUUCACUACCUCGGACAUCGCUCGAGUGUUAGAUCAGCUAAUGAAGGAUCUUGGAUUCGAGAGCGGCUAUGUCGCUCAGGGUGGUGAUAUUGGCAGUCGAGUUGCUCGAAGCCUAGCUGUAGAUCAUGAGAGUUGCAAAGCUGUCCACCUGAACGUGUGUUUCAUGGGCCGCCCCGAAGGCAUCUUGGACGAUAGUCUGGAAGCAUCUGAGAGGGACGGUAUCAAGAGGAUGGAGGAGUUCAGAAUGAUGGGCUCCGGAUAUGCAAUUGAGCAUGGCACUCGGCCGAGUACAAUUGGCCACGUUCUUGCCUCAAAUCCGGUAGCUCUUCUCGCAUGGAUCGGAGAGAAGUGGUUGGAAUGGGUUGAUGAGCCAUUGUCACCGGAGCACAUUCUGGAGUCAAUCACUCUAUACUGGCUUACAGAGACGUUUCCUAGAUCCAUCUACACUUAUCGCCAGAACUUUCCCCCUCCACCUAUUCCGGCAACCAACGACCCUCGCUGGUACAUUCACAAGCCAUUCGGCUUCUCAUUCUUCCCCAGAGAGCUUGCGCCCUUGCCUCGGUCUUGGAUUGAGACUACUGGCAAUCUAGUCUACUGGGAGCAACAUAAAAAGGGUGGACAUUUCGCAGCGGUUGAGCAGCCCGAAGCUCUCAAGAGUGAUUUGACCAAAUUUGUGGGACAUGUCUGGCCAGGCGAUGAGGAUGAGCAAGCGCGGCUUGAAGAACAAGCAGCCACAUACGACCCUGAACCUUUCUGGGCAGAGAUUCACCCGCGACUACUCUCAACGAUUCAACAUGAGCUGAGCGCACCACCUCCAACCCUGAAAAUUGAGGCCGGUGAAGAAGACGAAGAUGCAGCCUCAACAUCAAUGUCCCGGCCAAGAGAUAGCCGCGGGCCCGGAGAAUCCAUCUCUGCAUUUACAUCACGUCUCGCUCCAUCAAGAACGUCUUUCUCCGACGUCGGUCCAUGGAUCUGGAUGUGGAAACCCAAAUCCCAAGUGAAAGAAGGCGAUGUAGCGACCCUGGUGAGGAAAGGCAAUGACCUGCUCCAAGCCUACGAGGAAGAAGCCUCCAGUCUCCGCGCUGCACACGACAAGUCUGGCGCGAAAACCACCGCUGGCCUAACGCGCAAACUGAAUCCGCUGCGCCGGACGCUGGAGCAGAACAUUUUUGCUUUGGCUAAAGAGACUGGCGUGACAUCCGGCAAGUGGAUGUUCUUCCCGACGGUGGACUACGUUGAUUCCUUUUGGAAGACCGUGGUGACGGCCCUUGACAAGGGCGACUUAGGCGAGGCAGCCAAGGUUGCGACGGAUGAUGGGUCUGGGCAGGCACGGCUGAUUUGCGUCUAUACGAAGGACUUCAGUGACAAAGAGGAUGUGAAGCGGGUGUUGUUGACACUGGUUGAGAAGGGACUGGUGGAUGAAGAGUCUAGGCCGAUUUACUACAAGUGCGAUGCUUAUACCCACCUGGAUAUCAAGUCCAAUAAUGCCUAUGGACUAAAGGCAAGCUUGUUCUCCAGUCGGGAUAUUUUGACUGGGAAGGUUUGA